AUGCUUCCAGACACCAGGCCACCUCGUGUUUCUGUCGCUAUGAUAUUCGAGAUAUCGCGACACAUGACAAACACAGUUUCGCCUCUCGAUCGACUGAAAGCUCGGAACUGUGAGGUCAAGUUAAGUGUGUCGGGUAGUUAUAAGCAGUCAGUGACUUGUGUUUGCUUGCCAUUAUGGGCUCUCUGCGUACUUAUGACACUUUUAUGCGUGGCACAUGGCGUUGAAGGUAUAUUUUUGCCAUUUAAUCUCACACCAGACCCAGCAACUGAAUUUGCUGCACCAGGCCGCCUCAUGUUUAAGUUGGUACGAUAUUUAAGAUAUCACGAUACAUGCAUAGACUGUGCUUACCUGGUACUUCUGGAACCAAGUCCUGCCAAUUUUGUAGGCCGACAACAACCGGUGCAGGAUGCUGGCUUUUUGAAUAUGUCUGAGCAAUGGCUUCGGCGAAUGAAUCGUUUCAUGGAUGGCUCUUCGACGGUUCUGAAUAGAGCCAGUUCAGCGACCCAUAGACUGAAACAUGAGGCUACCCGGUGCAGCACAUUCAGUUGCCUGGAAACAUCACAAAUGAGAGAUUCAGCUGGGUUUCAGGUGUGUCUCACGAAAAACCAAAUUAGUUUGCAAAUGAGUGUUUCGCUAGGAACACUUGUAAUUUGA